UGUAUCAUGACAAGGAAGUAAGUGCGGUACAUCAAAAGGGAUCAAUUUAUUUGGGAUUCCGAAAUGGUUACUUAUUUUCCUAUCGUGUAAUGAGUGAGAAGGAAAAAUUCUCAGAAAUAUUAUUUGCACUCGAUCUUGCACAUCGUGCUGAAACAGAAGAAUUUGGUAAGGACGAUGAGUUUUACUUAUUUUCAAUCGAUGGUAGAGAAGCAAUUGCUGUAAUUUGUGGACCAAAAACAUAUUACCGAAUAUAUAAUGUAAAUCCACGGAAUGGUAUGAAAGUUGUCUAUUUAAAAAAGAGUAACAUGACUGUUGUCAAUAAAUUAGAGAAAAAAUGCCGAAAAGUUGAUUAUGAUGCCAAGGAAGGCAAACUGAUUUUUUUCAUUGACUCAUCUACAGCACAUGAAUUGAAGCUAACUAUUAAUCAUGAUGGAAUUUUAAAAAGCUAUCCGGAUCCUAAACUGAAUAAAUUUGAUAACUAUCGUGGAGACAAAAAACCAUUCGAAGGAAUUGAAAGCCAAUGGCCACUUCAUCUUCGAAAUGGUCGAACAUUAUUUUAUAAUGAAAAAUCAGCGGAGAAAUCCAUUCCCGUAACAAAAAUAUUGACUAAUUAUGGUAAUCAUGUCAAAGCGCUUUUAUAUUUUCCCAAUGAAUACAUCGAAGAUACGUAUAUGGAAAUGUUUCGUAAUCGUUCGAGCAAGCAUCCAAUGUCUUUCUAUGGAAUAGCCAAUUGUACCGUUUUUGUGGUAAUGAAAUAUGAAGAUAUCGAUAAAAUCAAUCUAAAAGGAAAUGGAUGUGAUAAAUCAUAUCAAAUGCGUGCAUUCCUUUCGGAUUCUUAUAUAACUGUUCUACGAACCAAAGAUGGUAUAAACGUUCAAGGAGCACGAAUGAAAGUAUCAAUUGAUUAUAAUGAUGUUGUAAAUGGAAUAUUAUCGGAUAAACUUGUUUUUUAUACACAUAAUUUGGUUGAUUCGGACUUUGAAAAAGAUAAUACCUUUACUAUUGUACCCCAUACAUUUCAUACCAUUCAUAACAUUGAUGGGUAUACGUAUUAUCAGUAUAAACCACGUGAAAAAUGCUGGUAUUACUUCCAAAGACGUAAAAUAACAAAAAGUGCAGAAAAAAGUAUCAAAAACGUUGCAUUUCACGCAUUUUCGAUAGCACAUCGACAAAUCAUGUCGGAACCUUGCAACUUUGUUAUGUCUUUUGCAAUGUAUGAUGAAUCGAUUCCUGGCGUACUUUACUUGAUGAAAAGUGGAAGUAAGACUGUGGUAGCGACGCCAAAUGCGAUAGUUCACGGUACUCUCAUGCAUGUUUGGGAGGAAAAAUUCUUGGCUAAUUUCAUCUAUUCCACAUCGUUUCCAUAUGUUCUUUACAACGAUUCUAAAGGAGUUUCAGUUAUAAGUGUGGAAAAUCCCAGCGAUAUAAAAAUAACUUUCAAUGCUACGUUUGAUACCAUUGGUAUUUACACGGGGAAAAUUCUCUAUCGAGAAGCUGAGAUAACACGCAUUCUACAAAUGGAAACAGAAGCGGUUGAAGAGCGAGGAAAUGAUACGGUGGCUGUAACGAAAGCCAUCGCUAAGCAAGAUUUCGAAAAAGCUUUACGUGAAAUAGAAAGUGAAAUAAUUGGAAGACCGGAAUUUUUGAGGCAGAAAUGCAGACUUCUAAAUGCGCCUUUUUUCAUGGCAUUUAUAUUGAAAGUUUCUGUCCUGGAUAUGGUAAUUUUAUUAAUUUUGAUCAUUCUUGUCGUUUAUCAUCGCUCGCAUAUCAUACCGGCACGACGUCGUUAUAAGAUAAAAAUGGGCAUUUUGAGGCAUCGUAAGAAGCGUAGGCUACGUGAUCGUGCACGUCGACGUCUUCGAAAAUUGAAUUUGUUACGCCGUAGACAAAGAAUGAAUCAGCAGGAAAUGGAAGCAAAGCGACAAGCCCAACUUAUUGCUGCGACAGUUGGACAAUUGGGCUUAAGGCAACAGGAAAUAGCUGGAAGUGCAGAGAGAAGGAAAAAAUCUUCAUCAACAUCCAGUAGCGAUUUGGUCACAGCGGGAGGUGGACGCAUUACUGUGAACAGUUUACCUCGCACAAGUACAUAA